UCUGCGCGACUUUAAUUCUUGCCUAAUGCAAAAUCUCGCUUUCGACACCCGAAUGUGAUGGGUGAUGCGCCUUGGGGGAAUGCAUCGGUGCCGUGAGCCUAUGCAUCGCUCCUUUCUGUGCAGACUCGAGAAGUAUGAUUCAACACCGCAGUGUGAAUUUUGUUUACAACCCAAAUUCUCGGGUGAUCGUGUUGUCAUGUGGAGGACUGCAUGAGCGUACCGGCUGAGUGUAUCAACUGUAUUGAUUCCGUGGAAGGCAGGAUAGUGGGUUAUCCUGUAACAUGCAGUUCUGUGCAUCAUCACUGCUGGGAGAGAAUUUCACUCAGACGCUCGUCUGACUCAGGCAAUAAGAAGGGUGUCAACCCUGCAUGUACUAGCCAUCUCUCUCAUUUUGACAGCAGUGCUUGAUCAUUACUUGGCCUUUGUUAUCACAUCAAAUGAAGCAGCAAACAUGCCAUGCAGGCACUGAGAAGAGCCAGAGAUGCUGAUGCUUGGGAUGCUCCAUCACCUCCUACUGACUGGGAUGUGUCUCUGUGUCUGCGGAGCCCCGUUCAAUCUCCCACACUUCAGCCCUACGCAGGCCGGCUCCUGUGAAGGACUGUGUGCCAGCUCGGUAACAACCACCGGGUCAACACAUGCUACAGAUUUAAAACCUACACCAUCAGAUUCCAGACAUGAGAGUGACCUGACAGUGAAUGUAGGUGGAGGAGGAGGGACUGGCCCACAUGAACGACCCAGGGGGACUGAUGCAGUGACGCAGACAGAAAAUGGGGACAGUCUUGAUGGAAGAUCUAGGCUGAGUGAGGCUGGUGGAGAGGCAUGGAGCCAAAGCACCGAGAUAGAGAAGAUCGGGAGCACAUCUGAGAUGAGAGACUCUGAAAAGCAGUCAGAGUCUGUGGAUUCAGAGAGAAAAAAGGAGGAUGCACCAGUUCACGGUGAGCAUUUAAUUCCAACAGGUGGGACAGAGCAGUCGGACAUGGACACCAGCACCCGAAAAAGGACUCCAAGUAGAUUAUUGACCUCCACUUCAGCACCAUCACACCUGCAGACUUCGUACAGCCAAAAGAGUAACCCCGCUGGAGCAUAUGGGACAAAAAGCUUUGAUUCUCACUGGGAUAAAGACACAGAAAGAAGUUUGCCAGAACCUCCAAAUCCCUCUGUUUCCCUCUGGACCCAGACCUCCCACAGUCCCACCCCUCAUGUUUUUACCCAUCAGACCUCUUCACCUUUGGCACUUUGGGGCCAUGACAGCACAACUAUGUCCUCACUACCAGACCCCUUUUUACCUGAAAUCGGACCGAGCCUGAUACCCAGAGAGGAUGGCCCAGAAAGUCUGUGGACUGAAGCAGCAAGACCCAGCGGAGCGGAAACUGCGCUCCCAAUUCCCCAGGAUGAAUCCACAGAGGCCACAAUGUCAUCGGAGGCUCUCCCUCUUAUCUUUGAGCCUUUUGAAGACAUCACAUCUGAGAGUGCGACAGCGGCAGCAGCAGCGGUCACCCAUGUGUCAGGCAGCAGCCGGCCCAGAGGGCUUCCUCGGUCAGAGGCGGGUCUGGACCAGCUGGUCACCGUAGAGAGUGACAGAGACGGUCCAUCACAUGCCUCACCCGUCCUUAUUCCAGACUGGACGUCACCUUGGCAGACAUCCGGCAGCGAGCUCCUAGAGCCAUUCAGUUCCUCAGGUCCAUCUGCUUCUCAGAAGCAAGUCAGAACUGAGCCGGACGACCAUUCGGAGAAAGCAAACGUAGUCUCUGCGAGGACACUAAACCUGGAAGACAACGUGUCCUCGGCCGGCCCCUCCCUGUCAUCUUUCCAGCAAGCAAUGACAAUGGUAACCAUGACAACCCAUCAGCCAGCACACAAAUCCACAUCAGAGGAGAUGGACUCUGAGGAGGACCUGGAAGAUGACUUUGAGAACUCUGAGGAAUCGGUGGAAGAAGACAGUGAAGAAGACCAAACAGAAACGUCUAAAACAUCCUCGACGCAGCCUCCAUACAGUCUCAUCCCACCACCUCCUGUCUGGGUUCAACGCAACCAGGGGCUGAUGCGUAGCUGGGUGGAGCUAAUCAGAGAAAAGGCAGGUUACGUGUCCGGGAUGUUGGCCCCUGUGGGUAUCGGUAUCACAGGGGCCCUGCUAAUUGUUGGCGCCCUCUACAGCAUCAGAAUGAUUCACCGCAAGAGGAGGAACAGCUUUAAACACCAGAGGAGGAAGGUCAGACAGCAGGAGCAACCCCGAGAACCCGGCACCAGCCGUCAGGACCAAGCCAUGCUGCUGGCCGACAGCUCUGAGGACGAAUUCUGAUGAGAACCUUUUGGGCCUCUUUUGUUGGUGACCAGCCGCCAUUGCUCCUAAACUGGAUGUUUAGCAAACACCCCCAUCGCUACUGCAUCUCCACUUACCCUGGGGCUGUUUGGGUAUGACUCCUCUGAUCCACUGAAAGGGACUGAGCAUAGGGCAGUAUUUGCAUAGGUGGCGCACAGGUCAACCAGGCACCCACCUCCCUUUCUGAAAUUAUCUGAGCACUUGUCUAAAUGUUGUCAGAUGCUGCUGAGUCUAAGAGUGUGGUAGGAUUGGUGUUUUCCACCUUUUUUGACAACAAAAAUAACUAAAUAAAUAAAAAUAAUAAUGCAUUGAGGGAGCGGUAUUCGUAGGAUGGAAGUGUUGCUGGCAAAUUAAAAGGGGGGACGUGAAAGCCAGCAUGUUUUCCGUCAAGUUAUACAUUGAAUGAAAAGUGACGUGACACAAAUAAUGUAAAUACAUUACAUGUAGUACAUGUAGCUGACUGGGGGUCAGUUGUGUUAGUGUAAAUAAAGUCUUAUGUAUUCCUAGACUUCAAUAAUUUUGGGAAAAAUGCUCAUUUACAGGAAGCUGGAUUAGAUCACUGGAAGCAUAUCUGUCUGUAAACUGAAACUAACAGCUAGCCUAGCUUGGUCCAACGAUAACAAACAUGUUGGCUAACAUUUCCAAAACUCACUACGAAAUCAAUCUUUUUUAAAAAAAAAACAAUAGAAGAAAUUUAAAGUAUUAGUGACCUCUUAAUUAUUUUCUAACCAUCAGACAGAGUUAGGCAAGCUUCAGGCAAAGGUAAGCUAAAAGCUACUGAGCUAAAAAAGCUACAGGACUGUGCAAAAGUCUUGAUACGCCCUGCAUUUCUUACUAUUUUGCAAUGAAUUUGGGAAACAGGUAGUGUUUUAAUUAAAGUUUCAAACACCUUGAACUCUAUUAAGCAGCUUUCUUGUUAUUUAAGUUUUCAGGAACAGUUCUCCAGGCUUCUUGAAGGACAUUCAACGCUCUUCUUUGGAUGUUGGCUGCCUUUUGUUCUGUUCAGUAAUGCUGCUUCAAUAAUGUUGACGUCCAGGCUGUGAGAAGCCCAAUCCACAACUGAUAGUAUUACUCUUUCAGGUAUGCUUUUACUGUAUUGCUAAAAAAAAUUAAGCUGUCGCUCUGACAGUACUUUGGCAUUCCAUCAAUUUUGACAAGAUCCCCAAAACUACUGGCUGAAACGCUUCCUCAAACCAUGACAGAACGUGGUUAAGUGAUUGUUGGACACUUAUUUUUGCAUCUUUCUUCUGACCUCUGUGGUAUUUAUUGAUAAUUAACCAAAAUCUGAAGAUUUUCAUUCAUCCCUCCAUAAGACCUCUUGCCAAUGAUUUUCAGUCCAGCUCUUCCAUACCUCGGUCUUUUCUCCCUUUUCCCCCUUCCUUAAAAAUAGCUUCUUGAUAGCUACAGAGAGCACUAAGAUCAUUUCUGAUGAGGCUUCAGUGAAGAUGGAUCAACUGAAGGGCCAGGUCUUUGCUGGAUUUUUCCGAUUUCUUAAGGACAGGACUUUCAAAUACUGUUCAUCUGCUGUAGUUUUACGUCUGCCACUUCUUUUUUCCUCAAAUAUUUUAAGGCCACACUGAACACCAUGCCAAGACAUGCCAGUAUUUUUUGCUAAUAGCUCUUUAGGAGUCACCUCGUUGGUGCAAAAAUACUGUUUCAUAUCUGUCAAACUUAUCGUUGGGAUUUUUCUGAGAAACUAAAGAAAUGGAAACAAAUCAAGUGACAGGCUGCUAUUAACAAACUGCCUAAAGGUACAAUUUAAAUUGGUUCUUCGCCAAGUUGUCUAUUACACUGGUUCAUCUCUUGAGUUAGGUGCCUUUUUCAUUCUUAAAGGAUUGAUAGGUCAGUAUUACAAAAUGAACAGGUACAAGGACUGGACUGAAAUUAAGUGAAAAAGCAGCCAAUUUCAUGCCAAAGAAAAGCCUGGAAAACUUUUGAAGUUACACCUCUAAAAAAAUAAUGUCUGUCUGUCUGCUUGGAAAUAAUUACAAAGAAAUGAAGUGCAGCUCAAGAGCUUUGCAAAGUACUAGAAGUCUCUACCAUCUAUAUUAUCUUCACACACUUGACAGACAUCAUAGUAGUAUUAAACUCUUCUUAACCUCCUAGGACCUGGCGUCCACAUAUGUGGACAUCACAUUUUUGGUUAUUUAGACCCAAAUACUCAAUUUUGCUCUACAAGGGCCUGAUAUCCACUUACGAGGACAUUAUACUGCCACUGUUCUGUUGAAAUUUUAAACUAAUAUCAUUUAAAAUUUGUCUUAGAAACAAUCAGGGAAAAAAAAAAGAAGAAAAAAAAUCUGGUAAUUCUUUGUUUUUACAUUCAUCGGGCCCCAAUAUGCCCAAAUAUCAAAGAGAAAUUAAAGAUGCAUGCUGUGGAAGAGUUCGGGUCUUAGGAGGUUAAGGAAGUAAAUAAGCAUUUUCUCCUAAAAUGUCAAACUAUUCCCGAUAGAACCUGUCACAUUUGCUUGGUUUAAAGUGUGAAAUUUGUGCAAAUGCAAACGUUUUAUUGAAAGCCAUCUGUUCAUAUUAGUUACUGUGAGAAACACGUGCAAAAUACCACCAUCCUAUAAAAGUAUGUAGCAUAAUGCGAUGUGAACUCACUGCCACUUACAACUCCAUUUUUGUCCCCAAGUGCAUGACUGCGCCUCAGUCGAUACAUAUGCUGACUUGCUGCAGAGAUUUUCCAUAAAUUAAGUGUUCCUAUUGGCUGGAAGAGCACAAACACAAGACAAGAAAGCAGAUUCAUAUUUUCAUGUGUGCUGAUCUGCUGCUGACAACGUGAAGGGUUUUGUCGGACGCACUCGAACCAGAAUUUUACCUUGCUUGGAUAAAAUGAGCAGAAGUCAGGUUAAGUUUAAAAUCUCGUUUUUGAAAGAUAAGUUCAAGAAACUUCUCUGCUGCAGUCCAGACAGAAAAGAGGCACAAAGCAGUUCUAGGUAUUUGAUGCACAUUUGUUAUCCCAAUGUUAAUAAAGUGUCUUUUGUUUGGGAAAAAAAAACAAAACAUUUUCUGUAACUUCAUGAACCAUCUGACAUGCUUAAUGAACAAAUGCCUGUUUAUACAAUAUAAUACUGUUUUAGGGUAUGUGUGAUGUAAAAUGGUAGACUCUUUUUCCCCUCUUGAUGUGGAUGUGAUCAAAUAAACAGCUCUUUUUGA